AUGUUUCUACAGUUUCUGCGUUUGCUAGCCACCACGGCUAAAACCACGGCUAAAGCAACGGCUCAAGCAUCGUCCAGAGCUGUUCUUCAAGAUGUGGUCAUCGUGGGUGGGGGCCCCGCAGGUCUUUCCAUCAUGGCAGCGCUUAAAAACUCCCCCAAAACGAGUCAUCUUAGUUGCACAUUGGUGGAAGGCUUCAGUUUGGACCCAGUGAGGACAUUUGGAGAAGAGCCUCCGGAGAAUUUCACCAAUAGAGUGGUCUCACUCACGCCCAAGUCGGUUGAAUUCAUGCAAACGAAAUCUGGCUCGUGGCCAUUUAUUCAUGAGGAUAGAGUCAAGUUCUACGACAAUAUGGUCGCCUACGAUUCACAGGAUGCUGAUGCACGUAUCCACUUCGAUGCUGGCUCAGUAUUUGAUGAUAAUGGAAAUCUGUCUGUGAUUGCUGCCAUGAGUGAAGUGGUAAAUAUCCAAAGCUCCUUGCUUGGGAAGAUUGAAGAGUUGAAUGAAGUGUUGCCCGAGGGAGAUGAAGCUACCAUUAUUGACAAGGCCAAGGUUGUCGAUAUCAAAAUCGACCCAGAGACCGGACUAGACUGGCCUGUCGUGACGCUCGACAGCGGAGACUCUUUCCAGGCCAGACUUCUCAUAGGUGCAGAUGGACAAAACUCUCCUGUGAGAAAGUUUGCUAAUAUCGAGUCCCGAGGAUGGGCCUAUGACCGUUUUGGUGUGGUAGGCACCAUCAAACUCCAGUUUGAAGAUUUCAGAUCCAUUGCCUGGCAGAGAUUUCUCACCACAGGUCCAUUGGCCAUUUUGCCAUUACCAGACGACAAUGCCACUUUUGUGUGGUCCAGCACACCGGAACUUGCAGAGAUUUUGCUCAAAGUCGAUGAUGAGAUAUUCCCACAUCUCCUCAAUGCAGCCAUGACAUUGGAAGAAGUGGACUUGAACUACAUUUACAAGACUUUGCAAAUCAACCCAGCAGAUAAGCUGGUUAUUGAAGAUAUAGAGUGGAGAAUGUCAAAGAUCUCGCAAGAAGAUCUCGAAGAGAAAUUUCCAAUGCCCGUGGCAGAGAUCUUACCCGGUAGUAGAGCCCGUUUUCCACUCAAGUACUUGCAGGCAGACACAUAUUGUGCACCUAGAGUUGCCUUGGUUGGAGAUGCUGCUCACACCGUCCACCCGUUGGCUGGCCAAGGGCUUAAUAUGGGCCAGACGGAUGUUGCUGCGCUUGUUGAAGCUUUGGAAAAGGGAAUUGAUCGUGGGCUUGAUAUUGGUCUGACGUUAGUGCUUGAAAAUUUCAAUGCUGUGGCAUGGCCCAAUAACCAUGUGUUGAUGGGAAUUUGUGACAAAUUGCACAAGAUAUUCUCCACUGAUUUUGGUCCGCUUGUAUUCAUUCGUGGAUUUGGCUUGAAGUCCCUCAAUCUGGUUGAUGCAGUGAAGGAUAUGAUGAUCAGAGCUAUCAGCGGACGUUAA